UAUAAAAGGGCCUUCAGCGUGUGCACAGCGCACUUGCAUUCUCACUUUGGUGUUUCACACGAAGGGGAGCCAAAAGAUCUUGAAGACUGAGGCUCUCUGGGAACACAGCUGAAAAAUGAACCUUCACACGUUUUACCUGCUGGCAGUUUUUACAGUGGCUGCUUUCACUGAUGCAUCUAUGAAAGCCAAAAACCUCGCUCUCUAUGGAAAAGCCACACAGUCAUCCUUGGUUAAUAACCCCUAUGCAGCAUUCGGUCAUGCCUACAACGCUAUAGAUGGAAAUAUUGAUUCAAACUAUAGCCACGGGUCGUGCACUGCCACCGAGAUGCAACAAAACCCCUGGUGGAGGGUGGACCUUCUGGACGAGUACACAGUGACCUCCAUCACCAUCACUAACAGAGGAGACUGCUGUCCAGAGAGGAUCAAUGGAGCUGAGAUACACAUCGGAAACUCUUUACUCGACAACGGAAACAGCAACUCACUGGCUGGGGUGAUCUCUGGCAUCCCUGCAGGUAUUUCCAAAAACUUUAAAUUUGAGAGAGGCAUCCCAGGUCGUUAUGUUAACGUGUUCCUUCCUGGAGAUAACCAUCUUCUGACUCUCUGUGAAGUCGAGGUCUACGGCUACCCUACUCCACAUGGAGAGAAUGUAGCACCGGAAGGAACAGCUACACAGUCCAGCCUUUAUUCAUAUUAUUUUGCAUCUAAUGCUGUUGAUGGAAACCGAGAUGGUAUACCGUCUCGCGGUUCCUGCUCCAUGGUUAACUAUGACUAUAGUCCUUGGUGGAAGCUGGACCUGCUGAAACGACACAAAGUGUUUUCCGUCAUCAUCACUAACAGGCAGGAUGGCUCUCCUGAAAGGCUGCUUGGAGCUGAAAUCAGGAUUGGAGACACUCUGGACAACAACGGCAACAACAACCCUAUUUGUGCAGUGAUCAACUCCGUCACUGGAGAUCCUACCAAGUCCUAUGAAUGUAACGAGAUGGAGGGCCAGUACGUCAACAUUGUGAUUCCAGGAAGGAACGAGUAUCUCGCUCUGUGUGAGGUGGAGGUUUACGGAGUUCCUCUGAUCUAUUACUGUGGAACAAUGGAGCUCCACAUAUUCUACCUGCUGGGAGUGAUUACAGCAGCUGGUUUCACUGAUGGAUCAUCUGCGAAAGCCAAAAACCUCGCUCUCUAUGGAAAAGCCGCACAGUCAACCUUGAUUAAUAACCCCUGGGCUCCAUAUGGUCAUGCCUACAACGCUAUAGAUGGAAAUACCGACUCCAACUAUGACCACGGGUCAUGCACUUCCACUAAGGCACAGCAGAACCCCUGGUGGAGGGUGGACCUCCUGGACGAGUACACAGUGACCUCUGUCACCAUCACUAACAGAGGAGACUGCUGUCCAGAGAGGAUCAACGGAGCUGAGAUACGCAUCGGAAACUCUUUACUCAACAAUGGAAACAGCAACCCAUGGGCUGGAGUGAUCUCUAGCAUCCCUGCAGGAGAAUCCAUCACCUUGAAUUUUAAGAAAGGCAUCGCAGGUCGUUACGUUAACGUGGUCAUCCCCGGGAAUAACAAGGCCCUGACUCUCUGUGAGGUCGAGGUCUACGGCUAUCCCACUCCAGAUGGAGAGAAUGUAGCCUUGAAAGGACGAGCGACGCAGUCCAGCCUUUAUUCUUUUAAUUUUGCGUCCAGUGCUGUUGAUGGAAACCGGGAUGGUGUGUAUGAUCAUGGCUCCUGCUCACACACUAACAAAGAACUCAAUCCCUGGUGGAGGCUGGACCUGCUGAAACAACACAAAGUGUUUUCUGUCACCGUCACUAACUCCCAGAAUGCAGUUCCUGAAAGGCUGAGCAGGGCUGAAAUCCGAAUUGGAGACAGCUUGGACAACAACGGCAACAACAACCCAAGGUGUGCAGUGAUCUCCAUUGAUAAAAACAACCCGACAAUGUCCUUUGAGUGUAACGGGAUGGAGGGACGGUACAUCAACAUUGUGAUUCCAGGAAGGAGCGAGUAUCUCAUACUGUGUGAGGUGGAGGUGUACGGAGCUCCUCUGAUCUGAAGGCGCUUUAUGAUUACACUGUGAUGCUGAUCACUGUGAUCACUCAUAUAACAGGCUUUGUUUACAGCCCUGAGACCACCAAAUGGCCACAUCUUUAUCUGUGAGGGGACUGUUGGCCAGGAUCGACAGGCUCACUGACCAUUCCCCUUAGCAAUUAAGGGUGAUGCUAUAUUUGGAUAUAUAUUUCCGUUGUGUUUGGUCUUGUUUUGCAGUAUAUUUUAUGUUGCAUGUGGGUUCAUUUAGUAGGCGAACAUUUACAGAUUAUUUCUCUGUGCUGGUCUCUGAAUGUGGUCUCUCCUUUCAAAAGGAGAAGUUGUCCUAUUUCUUAUGAACCUUAUUUGCCUGCAGGUUUCCAUGUGGCCUUUUUUAAUUUGAAUAUUCCCAUUGCUUAAACCUACUGUAACAACUGUAUUUUGAUUAAAACUGCUUGAAGGGGUUUAAAAUUGGCUAUUCGCUGCUGUUAUUUUGAAUAUUAUGAACAGUCCAUUCUGCUCUAUUGUUCAUAUCCUUCUGUAUUUCUGGGUACACUGCUGGGUUACUUGGUCCUCUGUUCACUGUAAUUACACUGUAUCACAAUUGGUUGAUUAUUAUUUCUCUCUUGGGGAAAGAAUAAAUUUUGUUGGCUCUACA